CAGCAGCGGCGGCGGCGGCGUUGAACUUGCGGAGAGAGAGAGAGAGAGAGAGAGAGGGAGAGAGAGAGAGGGAGGGAAGGAGGGAGAACGGGCAGACUGGACGGCGUUUUGCAGACACUAUCACCGCAGCGGCUCAGCCUCCUCCAGACCCUGACAUGCACGUCGGACGUGAAUUGUUUUCCGAUUCUCUGAGAGCCCCGGCGUAGAGGAGUGGUCAGCGCGGGCGAGCGCUUCCAGGACCGCCGCGCCGCCGCCUCGUACGCGGAGCCCCCGCUGCGCGUUCGUCGCCGAAGUUGUGCCGAUGCGUCGCGCCUGAUCGCGGCUCAACCAUCCGGAGGGAGGACUGCGGACGCGGCGCCGCGGCAGCUGGAGAGGCUCGUUGCACGACCCCCCCCCCCCCAAAAUGUCAUCUCAGGCGAAAGUCAAGAAGGACAAAGAGAUUAUUGCUGAGUAUGAGACCCAAGUGAAAGAGAUCCGUAACCAGCUGGUGGAGCAGUUCCGUUGUCUGGAGCAGCAGUCCGAGUCCCGGCUGCAGCUGCUGCAGGACCUGCAGGAGUUCUUCCGCCGCAAAGCCGAGCUCCAGCUGGAGUACUCCAGGGGCCUGGACAAGCUGGCCGAGCGCUACUCUGCCAAGAUCCGCACCUCCAGAGAGCACCAGCACUUUAAAAAGGACCAAAACCUCCUCUCCACUGUGAACUGCUGGUACUUGGUUCUGGACCAGACCAGGAGGGAGAGCCGGGACCAUGCCACGCUCAGCGACAUCUACAACAACAACGUCAUUGUCCGUCUGGCACACGUGGGCGAGGACGUAAUCAGACUCUUCAAAAAGAGCAAAGACAUCGGGGUGCAGAUGCAUGAGGAGUUAGUGAAAGUCACCAAUGAGCUCUACACGGUGAUGAAGACGUACCACAUGUACCAUUCCGAGAGCCUCAGUGCCGAGAGCAAGCUGAAGGAGGCGGAGAAGCAGGAGGAGAAGCACAUCGGCAAGGCCAAUGACAUCAGCAGCGGCCUGCUGCGCUACGGCCACGACGAGCGCCCGCAGCGACGCAGCUCCGUCAAGAAGAUGGAGAAAAUGAAGGAGAAGAGACAAGCAAAGUACUUCGAAAACAAGCUGAAAUGCACAAAGGCUCGCAAUGAUUAUCUUCUCAAUCUAGCAGCCACCAACGCCCUGGUGGCAAAAUACUACAUCCACGACGUGUCCGAUAUGAUCGACUGCUGUGAUCUAGGCUACCACGCGAGCCUGGCACGGACCAUGAGGACCUACUUGUCUGCAGAGUACAGCCUGGAGACCUCCCGCCACGAGGGCUUGGAUUUAAUCGAAGGAGCGGUAGACGCCGCCGACAUCAGAGGGGACAAGCUGAAGUUCAUGGACGCGCACAGUCAGAUCUUCUGUCCCCCGGCGCGCUUCGACUACCAGCCGCACAUGGGAGACGAGGUGUGCCAGGUGAGCGCACAGCAGCCUGUCCAGACAGAGCUCCUGAUGCGCUACCACCAGCUGCAGUCUCGCCUGGCCACGCUGAAGAUAGAAAAUGAAGAGGUGAGGAAGACCCUCGACGCCACCCUGCAGACCCUGCAGGACAUGCUCACCGUGGAGGACUUCGACGUCUCCGAGGCCUUCCAGCACAGCCAGUCCACGGAGUCGGUCAAGUCGGCCUCCUCCGACUCCUACAUGAGCAAGGCGAACAUCGCCAAGAGACGGGCCAAUCAGCAGGAGACCGAGGGCUUCUACUUCACCAAAUACAAGGAGUACAUCAAUGGCAGCAACCUCAUUAUCAAGCUGCAGGCCAAGCAUGACCUCCUGAAGCAGACGCUAGGGGAAGGGGAUCGGGCUGAAUAUGGAACAACGAGGCCUCCCAUUCUUCCCCCUAAACCCCAGAGAAUGCGGAAGGCUAGACCUCGCUCCAUUUAUAACAGUAAGCUGUUUAACGGCAAUAUGGAGGCCUUCAUUCAGGAUUCAGGGCAGCCCAUACCGGUGGUGGUUGAGAGCUGCAUCCGAUACAUCAACCUGUACGGUCUUCAGCAGCAGGGCAUAUUUCGAGUUCCAGGCUCCCAGGUCGAAGUCAACGAUAUUAAAAAUGCAUUUGAAAGAGGUGAGGAUCCGCUGGUGGACGAUCAGGCGGAUCAUGACAUCAACUCCGUGGCCGGCGUCCUCAAGCUCUACUUCAGGGGCCUUGAGAACCCGCUGUUCCCCAAGGAGCGCUUCCUCGACCUCAUAUCCACAACCAAGCUCGACUCGGGUGCAGAACGAGCACAUCACCUGCAGCAGAUAGUGGUGACUCUUCAGCGGCCUGUGAUCAUUGUCAUGCGGUACCUGUUUGCGUUUCUAAACCACCUCUCUCAGUACAGUGAUGAAAACAUGAUGGACCCCUAUAACCUAGCUAUUUGCUUUGGCCCCACACUGAUGCCUAUACCAGAUGAGCAGGACCCCGUGGCCUGCCAAGCUCACGUUAAUGAGGUCAUUAAGACCAUUAUCAUUCACCAUGAGGGCAUCUUCCCGACACUGCGUGAGCUGGACGGCCCCGUGUAUGAGAAGUGCAUGGCUGGAGGGGAAGAGUACUGUGAAAGUCCCCACAGUGAGCCAGGAGCACUCGAUGAGGUCGACAACGGCACCGGGCCAAACACUAGCGAUGAAGAGCCGGAACAGAUCGAGGCCAUAGCCAAGUUCGACUACGUGGGCAGAAGUCCAAGAGAACUUUCUUUCAAGAAGGGAGCCUCUCUGUUGCUGUACCUGCGAGCCUCUGAGGACUGGUGGGAGGGCCGACACAACGGAGUGGAUGGGCUGAUCCCACACCAGUACAUAGUGGUGCAAGACAUGGAUGACGCGUUCUCAGACGGCAUGCACAGGAGUGAGAGUGAGGCGGGCAGUGGGCUGCCCCACGAUGACCGAGCCCCAUCCAGGAACGAGCAAACGCCCGAGCACCGCUUCGGAGCCGCACUGGGAAGGGUGAGGGUGCGAUCGGACGGCGCCGCGGUCCCGCGCCACCGGAACGGCGCCGAUUGCCAUAGCCCCACCCGAGCGGCCGAGCAGCCGCCCCGCGUGAUGCCCCGUCCCUGCAGCCCGCACAAAAUGGCCGUCAGCAGGGGCCCCACGGAGAGCCCGGAGAAACGGCGGCUCACCACGUUCGGCGCUCACCCCGAGCGCAAGGCCUUCGUCAACAGCCACGCCCAGCGCUCGUCGCCCGGCGCCAUUCGCCACACCAGCUUAGGGGACCACAAGGCUCUGGAGGCCGAGGCCUUGGCCGAGGUUGGUCCCGUCGCACAAGACAUAGAGAAAACCAUGAACACCGCUCUCCACGAGCUGCGGGAGCUGGAGCGGCAGAACGUGGCCAAACACGCCCCCGACGUCGUCCUGGACACGCUGGAGCCGCUCAAACACCCCGGCGCGGCGCCGGACCCGCCCGGCAGCCCGCUCCACACCAUGGUGAUCCGCGACCCGGACGCGGCGCAGCGGCGCAGCAGCAGCUCCUCCUCCUCGGAGACCAUGACCACCUUCAAGCCCGCCGUCUCGGCGCGCAGGCCCAGCGCACCGCUGAGGCCCCCGCCCGUCAGGCCGGUCCGGCCCGCGCCCGUGAUCGGACCGGGCCAGGGGCCACACCGCUCCAGCAGCUCCAGCUCCUCCGGCCUGGGCAGCCCAGGCAUCACCCCCACUGACAGGGUGUUCCCCAAAGCCCCCUCCCCGUCACCCUCCACCUCCUCCUCCUCCUCCGACAAACAGGGUAACAUGUAGCUCCCGUCGGUUCUGAGGUCAAAAGGGUGAAGACCACUGUGGGACCAGAGCGAUUGUGACGACCAUCACGGCCCAAUACAGCAAAACAAACUGACACCGGGGCUGUGUGCUGAAUAUUUAACACAGACUGUAGGUAGGAGGGCUACUGUUGGUUUCUUGGUGGACAAAUAAUUAUUCCACUGAAAUACAGACAAAUUAAAAUCUAUUAUUGUUUUUUAAAGGAAUAUACCAUUAUAGAUUCAAAAAGGGACACACUGGAAAAUACUUGUGUUUACUUAGUGUUUGCUAAAACCUGACAAUGGAGUCCAGAGAUGCUUGGACUUGUGUCUGGUUUCCUCUUCCAUUACCAGGGAACACUUAGGGGAAUAUUGGACCACUGACCAUGCAGAUUCCAGGCAGUGCUGGUGUCCUAUAUUCUCGGGCACCGUUUACGGGCAGAGACCCCGCUUCACAGUGUCGGACCCUAUGGCUGGAUGGUGUUUCAGAGUGAAACCACCUUUAGGCUCCAGUCCUUCUAAUGCCUGCUAUAAGGCGGUUACAGUACAUCUACAGUAAAACACAGAGCAUUACAGUUAUUAUUACAGUUAUCUGUGGAAGUAAAGAUAAAAAAUAGCACAACGUUGUCAUAACAUCGUCAUCUCUAUAUAUAAGAAGUUUAGCUGUGUUACCUCAACAGACGAGUAAAAUUUCCUCCUUCACAUCAAAGCGACUAAUGCACCUGAAGACGCAACAGAGACCUGUGCCGCAUUCGUAGGUUCUGUGUUUUCUUUUUGAAGUCAGACUAGAACCGUGAUAGAGCACAUCGGUAUCAUUGAAGCUUUCUUAGUCCCUAGAUUACACAUGGUCUCUUUAGGCUGCGUGGGUGUUUAGAUGAUCUUGUUUACUGUUGAUGAUGUUUGUUGGUCAAUACAUCUUUAAAGUGUAAUAGGUACAUUGGAAUGAAUAUAUACAUACUUGGAUACUUGUAUAAAUAACAUUGUAUGAUAGUUAAAAGGAUAUAUUAUCAUCUCUAGUGUGUAGAUUUUUCGUAAUGAUUAUCCUUGCACAAACAGAACAAUAAACAAAUCAAACCUGA